AUGUCUUUGCUCGAUAAAGUGCCCGGCGAUCUCAAGCUCUAUAUCGGAGGGCUCCCACUUGAGGAGAAGCUNUUUGAAGGAUACAAGCAUAUGGUCGUUGAGGUUGAUGAUGUCGAAGAUGAGAACCUGCUUGAGCACUUCCCAGCAGCCACUAAAUUCAUCGAAGACGGUCUUGCAUCUGGAGGCGCAGUCCUUGUACACUGUGCAAUGGGGAAAUCACGGUCUGCAACAUGUGUCAUUGCAUAUCUGAUGCAGAAACACCACAUCUCACCUUCCGAGGCUCUGGAACAAAUACGACAGAGCAGGCCGCUCUGCGAGCCUAACGAAGGGUUCAUGAAACAGUUGGAGCUUUACCGCGAGAUGCAGACACCUGAGAACGUCGAGGAUACACCGACAUAUCAGCGUUGGGUCUAUCAGCGUGAAGUAGAGAUGAGCCGCGCGUGCGGACAAGCACCAGAGGCAGAGAAGAUUCGCUUCGAGGAUGAGCAUGUGGCAGCAAAGGAUGAAGGUGGAUUUGAUAUGCGAUGCCGAAAGUGCAGACGCACCCUGGCAACAUCGCAAUUCCUGAUACCUCACCAGGCUCAACGAGGCCCGGCUGAUUCUUGUACACACUACUUCCUUGAUCCUCUAUCGUGGAUGCGACCGGAGCUGGAGAAGGGAGAAGUAGAAGGAAGGUUGGAGUGCCCCAAUGCCAAAUGCAAAGCCAACGUGGGCAAAUAUGCAUGGCAGGGCAUGCGAUGCAGUUGUGGAGAGUGGAUAGUGCCGGCUAUCAGUUUGUCGAAAGGCAGGAUUGAUGAGGCUAAGAAGAAGGCUGUCGACCCUAGCGCCAUGGGUAUUCGUAUGCCGGCGACAGCAAACCCAAGAGGCCCCGGGCAAAACAAUCUCUAA